GUUCAUUAUUCCUGUAGUUAAAGUAUAGAUAAACGUUUCCUGGUUGGUUUUACAUUUUAAAUUUAGGAAUUGAUUAACUUUGAAAAGUAGUUGACUCCUAUGAAACGCUGGAAAAGUGCAGCAAAUUCACAAUGUGAUAUUAAUAUAUAAAAACGUUUGCUUUGGAUAAAAAUCUAAUAAAAAGAUGAAUGCGACGGAGGAAUUCAAUGUCAGUUUUAUGACGACGUCAUCGACAGUACAACCAAGUCCAGCGUAUUCAUCAAUAAUCGAUAUAUAUGAACACCAUAUCCCAGUACUUUAUGUUAUCUCAAAAGCAAAGAUUCUCCUCUACAUAUUUGGAUUUCCUGCAAAUGUUUUGUCAUGUAUACUUUGGUUACGUUCGCCUUUACGUCAUUCAUCUGGAUGUUAUUUUGCCGCUCUCGCUGUAUCAGACGACAUUUUCCUGGCUCUGUCUGUUGUCCUAGAGCUUCAAAACACGUGGAAAAUAGACACCCUUAAUCUUCCAAUCGUAUGUGAGAUGUUUCCAGUAUUCUAUCUGGCCGUUCAGUAUUUAUCUCCGCUUCUUACGUUGGCAUUUACUGUUGAAAGGUAUAUUUCCAUACGCUUUCCAUUAAAACGUAGAGAAUUUUGUACAGUGAAAAGAGCAAAGUUGGUAAUUUUUUGCCUAGCAGUUUUUGUGGUAUUAGUUUCACUGAUACAAUCAUUUUUUUGGAAGUACAUACACGAUGUGUGCGAGCUCCGUGAAGGGGUGAAUGAUUUUAGAACAAACUGGAACUGGGUAACGGAAACCACAAUGUUCAUUAUAGUACCUUUCCUCAUUUUAAUUUUCAACAUUAUAGUUAUUUAUACUAUGAGACAAACAAAGAAAAGAGUUAAAAAGUUAUAUGGACCUAUUCCACCGCGAAAGCGAACAGCAAACACAAACACAUUGUUGGUUGUUUCUUUCUAUUUGAUCAUAACGACACUGCCUGUGAGCGUAACAUACAUUUUAUCCGAUCAUUUUCUAGUGUGCUGCCUAGAGCAGUUAAGUUACGAGUUUAUUGAAAAUAAUAUUGUAUGGCAGCGGCAUUUAAACUUUACUGUCGCCAGGGAAAUAGUAUAUCUCUUUGGAAUAUCUCAUUAUGCCUUUAACUUUAUUUUAUAUUUAUCUACGGGAAGAAAAUUCAGACGAGAACUAAAAAAACUAUUUAGAAAACUGACAAAAUCUUGUUCAUCAGGAGAGAGUUAGUAUAUCAUAAUCUUAUUGCAUUGGAAUCAUAUGUAUAUUCAUUGGUCAAUUUGAUGUUAUAUAAAGGCACUUUCACAGUUUACACGUUCAAAUUGUGUAAUAUUGUACAUGACCUUAAGAUUGCAUUUCCGGAUGUUAACAGUUUCAACAGUACACUUGUGUGAUAAACAGAUGCGGCAAAGCUUAAAUGUUUGCGAAAUAUACAAUUCAAACAAUAAACAUAUCGUUGU